AAUAAAAUAACAGUUCAAAUCAAAUUGAAUCUAACAAACUGGGUCAUGCAUGCUAUGUGAUCCAUCCCUCUGUGUCCUUGCAGUACUUUCCGGUUCAGUUCCACAAGGGUGAGCACGGCUUUGACAACCAAGACAUGGACAUGAAGCCCUUCUUCAGGGCAGUGGGUCCAGAAUUUCACAAGAACCUGGAGGUGGGGCCCUUCGAGACGGUGAACAUCUACGCCUUGAUGUGUCACAUCCUGGGCAUCAAGCCGGAGGUCAAUGACGGCCACCUGAAUGCCACCAAGCACAUGCUGGUUAGCAACACUACUACUCAGGGUGAAGACGUGGAUGUCCUGAACAAUAUCUUCAAUGGACUGGCAGCAGUAGCUGGAUUUCUUGUUGUAGUUUUUAUCAUGGUGACAUCCCAUAAAUUACUCAAGGAUAAACGCAAGAAUAAAAGGUCAGUAAGUUCAGAUCAACUUCCGGCAAAAUAAAUUAUAUACCAGACUUCACUUUGAACGCCACAACAACAAAUAAAAAACGAAACAAAAACAUGCUGCUACAGUCUGUCAUUGAGAAAACUGCUUGCUGGAAAUCUCUUUCUGGGCAAUUAUUGUAUUAUCACAUGUGAAGAAAUGCACUCUGCACAAGGAACACAAGAGCAGAGUUUUGCAUACCAUUUUGUUAAUAUAAUGUUUGUUCGAAAAUGGAGAAUGGUUAAAAAAAUUA